GGGGGUUUUAGGGUUAGUGUUAGGGUUCUGGGAGGGGAAGAAGGGUGUUCUUUCUAAGGAGGGAGAGGUGGAGCAAGAAGCAUGUUGAACGUGCUGAGGGUGCAUUUGCCCUCGGAGAUACCCGUGGUGGGGUGCGAGAUCACGCCCUACGUGCUGAUCCUGAAGCGCCCGGAGAAUUCGGUCUCCAGCGACGACGUCCCUGAAUCGAGCCCCGUCAAUGGCUGUUGCAUGCAGUAUAGAUGGUAUCGCAAUCAAAAUGAUCAGAAGGUUGCUGUAUGCAGUGUACAUCCAACUUCUCACGCAACACUUCAAUGCCUAGCUUGUAUUAAGUAUAACGUAGCUGCUCCCAAGAGCUUCCACUGCACACCUAACUGCUUCACAGAUGCAUGGCAGCAUCACCGGGUGCUGCAUGAUCAAGCGAAAGCUGCAGAAAAGUAUAGAUCUGUAGCGGAAGAAUCAAGAUUAAAUAGUGGUGGAUCAACAUCUAAUACAGGAGAAAGUAUAGGCUCAAAAACUGUGGUAGAUAAGAGUGGUGAAACAUGGUUUGAAAUUGGCCGUUCUAGAACAUAUACACCGACUACUGAUGAUAUUGGUCACAUACUAAAGUUUGAAUGUACAGCAAUAGAUGCAACAUCAAGAGCACCUGUUGGAAACCUCAAUACUGUUUUGACUUCUCGAGUUAUUCCGGCUCCCUCUCCUGCUCCCCGUCGAAUGAUGCAAGUUGGAUUUGAUGCUCGUGGGCAGUUUGAUCCUGAUGGUCAGAGUGCAUUUUCAGGGACGUUUUCGGUGCUCUCAUACAACAUUCUCUCAGAUGUAUGUGCAUCAAAGGAACAACACAGCUAUUGCCCCUCCUGGGCCCUUUCAUGGCCUUACCGGAGGCAGAAUUUGUUGCGAGAAAUUAUUGGUUAUCGUGCAGACAUUGUUUGUCUCCAGGAGGUCCAAAGUGACCACUUUGAUGAAUUCUUUGGCCCUGAACUAGAAAAACAUGGGUAUGAUGCUUUUUAUAAGAAAGAAACAUCUGAGGUUUAUAGUGGACAACCCAAUUCAAUCAAUGGUUGUGCAACCUUUUUCCGUAAGGACAAAUUUAUAUUUCUCAAAAAAUAUGAGGUUGAAUUCAAGAAAGCUGCAAAUUCUGUAAUAGAAUCAGUAGUUCCAGCUACCCAGAAAAAAGCUGCUUCACAUCGAUUGGCUAAGGAUAAUAUUGCUUUGAUUGUGGUUUUGGAAGCUAAAUUCAACAGUAAUGGAUCUGAGAAUUCAGGAAAGAGACAGGUUCUAUGUGUGGCCAAUACACACAUAAACGUUGAAGAGGAUCAUGUUGAUGUUAAACUCUGGCAGGUGCAUACUCUUGUGAAAGGAUUGGAGAAAAUUGCUGCUAGUGGUGAUAUUGCAUUGUUAGUGUGCGGAGAUCUCAAUACAGUGCCCGGAAGUGUUCCUCAUGUGUAUUUGGCGAGGGGAAAGAUUGACCACUUGCGUCCGGAGGCUGUCUUUGAUCCCCUGGGAGUUGUUCACCCUCUAAGCAAGUUUAAUCACCAGCUUCCUCUGGUUAGCGCAUACUCAUCUUUUCUGAGGACAGUUGGUUAUAAUCAGAGCUUGGAGCAACAGAAGAGGAGAAUGGAUCCUGCAACAAACGAACCUCUGUUCACAAAUUUUACUAGGGAUUUCAUUGGAACGCAUGAUUACAUAUUUUAUGCUGCGGAUCGUUUGACGGUCGAAUCAUUGUUGGAGCUCUUGGAUGAGGAAAGCUUGCGUAAAGACACAGCUCUUCCAUCUGCUGAGUGGUCAUCGGAUCACAUAGCACUGCUAGCGCACUUUCGGUGCAAGCCUAAAAUUAGAAAUUAAAACUUGUUACAGGUUCACCUCAGUAAUGCUUUCCAUGGGACUAAAGGUAAUCGAUCGACACAAAGCAUUCUGCAAAGGCUUUUAAAGAUGGUGGUGGUGCUGUUCCUUGACUCUCUCAUGAUAUAUGUGCAUCCAUUUUAUUUUAGUAACCAAGUAAUAGGAUAUCAUGCAAAACAUAUUGGUGUUUUUUUUCUUUUUUUUUCUCUCCAUGAUAUAGGUUAAUAUCUGGUUUAACCAAAGUGUAGCACAGGUUUCAUUAGAACUUUACCCUACUAUGUUGACAUUCUAAGACCUUAAAAUCUGUUCUUCCAAAUUAAUAGCAGAUAUAAAGUUCAUAUCUUUGCUUCUUUUAGAACA